AUGAGUUUCAGAUCGGGAGCGCGCCUGGCUUCGUUUCCUCUUCCGAGCGUGCACGCGCCAACAGAAGAUCGGGAGAAAAUGGCGAGUCUGUGCAAACGGCCGCAAUGCACGAUCGACAGACGCGGCUUUCGCCAAGAACUGGACUCAUGGCGCCACAAACUCAUCCACUGUGUGGGCUUUGAGAGCAUUCUUGAUGGUCUCUUUGGUCCAGAGCUGAUACAAGACUUACAUUUAUAUAAAGAUCGCGAACCUCAUGCUGUGUCGGAUUGGUCUUUUGAUGAAAACUGUGUAUUCUGCUGUUUGAGAAGAAACAAAGUGAAGGAACAUCUCAGCAGUUUAAACAGUGAGGGGCUUGAAGACCCACUUAAACCACUGUUGGUGAAAGACCAAACUUUGAUGAUCAAGCUAGAAAGACAAGCUGAGGAGUUUCUCAGUGCAGUCCUCAGAAAGAAAGUAGUGGCCCGAGAGAUCCUUCAAGGGAUGAUCCGACAGUUUGCAGCCGAAUAUACCUCAAAGAGCAGCCCUCAGCCUCAGGAGACACACUCUGACCAAAGCCUGCCGUGUGCACAGCCUGCCUCGCCGCUGUCCUCUACUCACAGCCUCAACCCAGUGCUCAGCAAACUCCUCAUGAUAGACCAGGACGCUCCUCUGGACCUCACCAUCAAGAAGCCCCCAGCUGAGCCCACCGUGCAGGAUGGAGUCCUGGAUCUAUCCAUCAAAAAGAACCGCCCCAGCUCCUGCCUCUCUCCCUUCACACCCACACCUAAAGGGAGGUCCCUGAGAGCGGACGAGCUGUUAAUGAGGAGCCGACAGGAUGGGAGGAGGGAGAAUAUCGGCCACUCCGCCCGUUCUAAGUCUUCUCCCUCCAUUUCAUACUCUCUGCACAUCAAAGGCGAGGUUGCCUCAGAGAGCGAUGCAGACUGCUCCAAAGCCAAUGGAUCUCCAUCUUGGAAACCUAAAACUCACGGCACCCUUUUUAAACUCACAAAUAACAACAUGAAUGAGCACCUCAAAAACUUACCCAAACUUUUACAACUUGCUGGACUUAUUUCAAAGUCUCUGGCAGAACAUCCAGAUGAGAACAGCAAGGACAACAAGCGUUCUAUUUCCAAUUCAUCAUUUGAUCUGAAAAUCCCUCAGGUUCGAACCUCGACUGGUUCGUCUGAUCAGUCCAGCGACUCCCUCACCUCUGAAUACUCAGGCUUGUCUUAUGAGAAGAAGCUUCACUCUCUUCUGCCCCAUAAAAGGCACACAAAUGGUUUCAAUGGAUCUACUUUGGAUAAGGAACACUGGCCUUAUAAUUGUGAACGUGGAAAUGGUGUUCUGGAUCCGGAAUCAGAUCUGGGGCUGAAACAGCCAAGGAAGAAACGGGGCCGUUAUCGUCAGUACAACACUGAGCUGCUGGAGGAGGCUAUUGUGAUGGUCAUGAGCGGCAAAAUGAGUGUCUCCAAAGCCCAAUCCAUUUAUGGCAUCCCUCAUAGCACUCUGGAGUACAAAGUGAAAGAACGACUGGGCACAUUGAAGAACCCGCCCAAAAAGAAGCUGCGGUUAAUGAGUCCGGCAGAAGAGCUGGACGAGGCCUGGCUCUGCAGAGGAAAGGAGAGCCCAGACUCUCAAGACGGGGAGCCUCCAAGCCUCUCUCUUCAGGAGUAA